CUAGUUUGAGCCACUGUUUGGGGGCAGCCUUACCUGGCUAAGCACAGACCUUGGGAGUUUUUCCUGCUUUGCAAAAUGAUGACUAUCUCUUUGAUUUGGGGAAUUGCUGUGGUAGUGUGCUGCUGCAUAUGGGUUAUCUUUGGCAUAAGGAGAAGGAAAGUAGGGGAACCUCCACUGGAAAAUGGGCUGAUUCCAUACCUGGGCUGUGCUCUGAAAUUUGGGUCCAAUCCUCUUGAGUUCCUGAGAGCCAAUCAAAGGAAGCAUGGUCAUGUCUUUACCUGCAAACUAAUGGGAAAAUAUGUCCACUUCAUCACAAACUCCUUGUCAUACCAUAAGGUGUUAUGUCAUGGAAAAUAUUUUGACUGGAAAAAAUUUCAUUACACUACUUCUGCAAAGGCAUUUGGACACAGAAGCAUUGACCCAAAUGAUGGAAAUACCACGGAAAACAUAAACAACACUUUUACAAAAACCCUUCAGGGAGAAGCUUUGCAUUCACUCUCUGAAGCCAUGAUGCAAAACCUCCAUUCUGUCAUGAGGCGGCCUGGCCUUCCUAAAUCAAAGAGUGCUGCCUGGGUCACCGAAGGAAUGUAUGCCUUCUGCUACCGAGUGAUGUUUGAAGCCGGAUAUCUAACUCUGUUUGGCAGAGAUCCUUCAAAGCCAGACACACAAAGAGCGCUUAUUCUAAACAACCUUGACAACUUCAAGCAGUUUGAUCAAGUCUUUCCAGCGCUAGCGGCAGGCCUUCCUAUUCACUUGUUCAAGACGGCACAUAAGGCCCGGGAAAAGCUGGCUGAGAGUUUGAAGCAUGAGAACCUCUCUGUGAGGGACCAGGUCUCUGAACUGAUCCGUCUGCGCAUGUUUCUCAACGACACUCUCUCUACCUUUGACGACAUGGAGAAGGCCAAGACACACCUCGUUAUCCUCUGGGCAUCUCAAGCAAACACCAUUCCUGCAACUUUCUGGAGCUUAUUUCAAAUGAUCAGGAAUCCUGAAGCAUUGAAAGCAGCCUCUGAAGAAGUGACUGGAGCGUUACAGAGUGCUGGCCAAAAGCCCAGCCCUGAAGGGAAUGCCAUUUAUUUGGAUCAAAUGCAACUGAAUGACCUGCCAGUACUAGAUAGCAUCAUCAAGGAGGCUCUGAGGCUUUCCAGUGCAUCCUUGAAUAUCCGGACUGCUAAGGAGGAUUUCACUCUACAUCUUGAGGAUGGUUCCUAUAACAUCCGAAAAGACGACAUCAUAGCUCUUUAUCCACAGUUAAUGCAUUUGGAUCCUGAAAUCUACCCAGACCCUCUGACUUUUAAAUAUGAUCGGUACCUUGAUGAGAAGAGGAAGACAAAGACCUCCUUCUACAUCAAUGGGAACAAACUGAAGUAUUUCUACAUGCCAUUUGGAUCAGGAGCUACAAUAUGUCCAGGAAGACUAUUUGCUGUCCAAGAAAUCAAGCAAUUUUUGAUUCUGAUGCUUUCAUACUUUGAACUGGAACUUGUGGAGAGCCAAGUCAAGUGUCCCCCUCUAGACCAGUCCAGAGCAGGCUUGGGAAUUUUGCCACCAUUAAAUGAUAUUGAGUUUAAAUAUAAACUGAAACAUCUGUGACAUGCAGUUGGAAGAAGAGGGCACUGGUUGAUGUUGCUGGACUUCAGAGAGCCAUCACUGAACAGGCCCUUGGGACACGUGCUCAUGGAUGCUUCCCAGUGACUGACUGUGCCCAUGAAAAGAACUAUUCCCAGGGUACCACUUUCUGCUCUCACUGCCUGAGUUCCUGGGUGCUCAGAUCGCUGAGGUCUGAGUUUCACCACUCUCAGAAAGCAAUGUCUUAUGUUUUUAUUUUCAAAAUGAAGAUAUUCCAAUUGGCAGAAUUUUUUUCCUAAGGAAAUUGCUUUAUACUUUUAUGAAAACUACUGAUUAAUUAUGAAAAGGCUUCAAAUUCACGUUUUAGUGAUAAUACUUUUUUCACUAGUUAAGUUCUUCAUGUGUGAGCAUAUAUUAUAAAAACAUUUUAAAGGGUCAUAUCAUGCUUUACAUCAAGGAAAAGUAAAAUAUUAUUCAACUUUAUAUAUGUCUAGUGCUGAGAGCUUUGAAAAUGAUGGUACUCUUCUGGAAACACUACACGAAGUAUUGACACUUUCCUGUUAUAUUUUAAUUUAUUGUUACUGGAAAUUCUCAUUCCAGUUUUCAUCUACCUUAUCUCUGUUCUUUUUUGACAUUCACAUCAAUGAGAAGAGUGCUUUUCAGAGACUGAAAAGCACCUCCCCAGAACCCCACUUCAAGGCUUUAAUCCCAGCACUUACACUCGGGAGGCAGAGGCAGGCAGAUCUCUGUGAGUUUGAGGCCAGUCUGGUCUACAGAGCGAGAUCCAGGCAAGGCAGGGCUACAGAAUGAGACCUUGUCUCAAAAAAAAAGGUCAAUUUUUAUGUCAUAAUUGAUUAUGAAUCAAUGCAAAAGAAGAAAUUUAAAAACAGAACUCUUAAGGAAAUGACCAUUUAAAAUGGUCUAUUUUAGCUAUUUAGCUAAAAUACGAAGUAUGUGGAGUUCACUAAGUGCAAGUUGACAUUAUAUGUCCUUUUAAAAUGUCUUGUGUUUAUCUCUAAAUGCCUUGUAGACGAAGAAUAAUAAUAGUGUUUAAAUACUGACUACAAUAAUACUUUGGUAAUGUACUUUAAGCGAGUUACCAGCUGUGCCAUUUUUACUGAAAUACAUACAUAUAUUUAUAUGUAAAUUAUAUUUAUCUUUUUUCUUGUAAUAUGAAUAUAUGACAAUAUUGUAACAUCUAGUAAUUUUAAAACUACCUACCUUUCGAAAAUGAACAUAUGAAUGUUUGUGUUUUAAACUUUGAAAUAGAAUGUUUAAAUUAUUCAUUACUGAUAAGUUAAAAUACUUUCAUCUGAUUUAUCUAAAAUAUUCAUAAUUUCAAGAAACUAAAAAAUAUUUAAAGUAAUCAUUCACUCAAAAGUCUCCCUAAUAUUACAGAAAAUUCAAUAAAAUAUUUUUGCAUGGAGGGAUGGAGCCAGGGCCAGGGUCUAAUGGGUGCUCCCGCAGUGAGCUGUAUCUAUGACUCCUUAAACUUCUAAAAUCUUACCACUAAGUAUUACCAUGGAGUUACUACCUAAAUAGGAUAUUUUUCUUUUCUUUCUCAUUUGACAGAGUCCAACAGCAAUGCAGCUGGCCGGAACUCUCCACAAAGCUUGGGCAGGCUUCAAAUUCGCUCUACUCCUGCCUUUCCCUUUCUAGGAAGUUACUUUACACACAAAGAAAAUAAAUUGUUCAUAUAAGGCAGAAGAGUAAGAAAAUUCUGCUAGAUUCUAAUAUGUAUUAAACUGAAUUUCCAAUGUGUCUUUUUAAACAAGUUUUAUGACUCUCUGAAUUGAAUGCAUCUACACACCUUCCCAUGGCUUUCUAAAAGCAUAUUUUUCAUACACAAAAUGAUGGGUGUCACAAUGAUGCCUUGUUUCCACGUCUUUAUUCUUGUGCAAUGAUAGUUGGAAAUUAGUAGCCCAUAGACCAAAGUUCCUGUUUUUGUGCAGCUUAAGUGUUAAGAAUGGUUUUUACAUUUUAAAUGCUUAGAACAGAAUGCAAAAGAUUAUUUUGUGUCAUAUGUGAAGUAUAUGAAAUGCACACUGGCACACCCAUGAAUAAAUUUUUAUUGGAAUACCAUA